AUAUUUAAUUACUACUAUGAACUUGACUUAAACUAAUAAUAAUCAAAAGAAACCAAAGCCUAAAUUGUAGUUAAAUGUAAAUGUAGCUGAUGUGUAGCCAGAAAGUACACAUUCUUCUGAUGGGUGGAAAUAAUAAACUGAUAUAUUUUUCAAUGAGCCUAUGUAAUGUUAUAUUUAUUAAAGUUAGUGAUUAAUCCUUAUAAUUUAUGCUUAAUGGUAAGACAGUUGCAGAUGUAGCUUAAUUAAAAUGUGGUAGGAAAUAUUAGGAAGAUAGAGUAUUUUGAUUGUUUAAAUUUUUAGUUUGUCGCAAUUCCGAAUCUAAAUUAGAACUAAGAAAUUUAAUUUUUUUAUGCCAUUUAUGAUGGACAUGCUGGACAUUCAGUUUCAUCUAUCCUUGAAAAUGAGUUACAUGAAUAUUUAAAGUAGGAUUGCAAUUUUGAAGAUAAUUUAGAGAAGGCCAUAAUAAAUAGUUUUGAGAAAAUGAAUCAAUAUAUAUUGGAUCGUUAAGAUGAGAAUUAGAAUUUAGGUGGAUCAACAGCACUUUGUGUUAUAAAUAAACAUAAAGAACUUUAUGUUGUUAAUCUUGGAGAUUCUGGAUGUGUAUUGAUAACAGAUGAGAAUAAAAUAGAAAAAUUAAAUUUGGAACAUAAAUUAAAUAGAGAAGAUGAAUUCAAGAGAGUGGAAUAAAUAGCUACUAUUUUGGAUAGACAGUAAUAUAUAUUAAAUAAAAUAGUUCUAUUCCAAGAAUUAAUGGAGAACUUGCAGUAACAAGGGCUUUUGGAGAUAAGAAACAUAGAUAAUCUGGUUUGAUUGCAGUUCCAGAGAUAAAAGUACACAAGAUUCAAGUAAACGAUAAAUAUUUGAUUUUGGCUUCUGAUGGUUUUUGGGAUGUAAGAGAAAUUAUAAUAAUUUAGAUUAUAAAAAAUGAGGAAUUAUAAAAAUUGAUAGAAAAUUGGAAUAAAAAAGAGAUUGAUUAAUUGGCAUAAUAUCUUUUGGAUAAGGCAUCAUCAAAAAAUACAAACUAUAAAAAAGACAACAUGACAUUAAUUGUAGUAGAUAUUCAAUCCUAUUGGAAAUGA